CUGAUUGUUGUUACGUUGUUUUGGUGCAGAGGAGUUUAGGCUAAUUAAAAUUUAUUUAAUUUCACACAAAUGCCGCGAUGAAUAACCUCCUGCGACAUGGACAUCGCCUGUGCAGCUGCCUGCCGGUUGUCCAGCAGCAAAUCCACACCACCGCCGUGCACAGGACCUUCUGGGAGCGGGAAAAGAAGUCCGGCUACAAGACCAAACUGCCGGAGCCCUCGAAAAAGCAGCUCAUCAUGGACGGAUUGAGGGAGCUCAAGGAGGAGAUGAAGCUGUGGCGCCAGGAGGUCAAGGAGCAGCUGGAGAGUGACCCCAUUCUGGUCUUCAGGCCGGGCGAAACGGAUGUGGUGUUCGAUUUCAAGGCGCCGGACGUGCUGGACAAGUGGACGGUGACCACGGAUGCGGAUCACGGCGAGGGCAAGAGUAGUGCCACCUUGGAGCUCAGUGCAGCCGGAGCAGGACUCUUCCAUGGCGAAGUUAACUCGGAUCACACCAAGGAUGGGAUCAUCAAGAGGACGGGCUAUGCUAAUAUACGCACCAAGAGAGUUAGGAAAUCCUUCAAGAGGGAGUCCACCUACGACUGGACGCAGUACAACAUGCUCAUCAUGAAGGUCCGGGGCGAUGGACGCAGCUACCUGAUCAAUCUGCACACCGAGGGCUACUUCGAUCUGAUGUGGAACGACAUCUAUCACUAUGUUCUGUACACCCGCGGAGGGCCCCACUGGCAGAUAGCCAAGAUUCCCUUCUCCAAGUUUUUCCUAUCCUCGAAAGGACGUGUUCAGGAUCGUCAAGGAGCCAUACCCUUGAAUAGGGUCACCCACUUUGGCUUCUCUGUGGCCGCAAAAAAGGGAAUGGAUGGUCCAUUUGGCCUGGAAAUCGACUAUGUGGGUCUGGAGUACGAUCCGAGUCACCGGGAGGAAUUCGCUUACGAGAUGUACCAGACGCCCAAAUACAUUGUGGCCACGUAACGUAAUGCUUACGUUACGGCAGUGUUAUUUAAUUGUAGACUACGUGUGAGAACAGUAAAGAUUGGUUAACAGAAAA